AUGUAAGGAGGUCGUUGGUGGCGGGCUUUAGAACCGUGACCUUCACCCCGUUCCCACCCCGCUUAUAGGUAAGCAAGGCUUAGUUUUUAUGUGUGUUUAAAUUGUUAUAUUUGAUAAUAUUGUUACUAUGUUUUGUUCAUAUCCUGGUUUAAACGAAUUAGUAUUAUUAUAAGGCUUACAAAUAUGUUCAAAGAACAUGAUAUUUGUUAACAGAAAGGUGUAAUUUAAGGCGAUAUUGUUGUUACGUAAUGCUCAGAGGGUGUGACUUCUUAAUGUACAAGUAGAUUACACGUAGAGGAAAUGGAUGCGUAGGCUAUGCCUGUACGGGUGGAAUGCAUUUGUGUGUACGGUCAAUUGGGCCUUGGAGUGUGACUAUUGUAGUCGGGAACUUGGGCGCUAAUGACUAUGUGUUAGGUUUUGGUGUAGAGAAACCUGAUUAACGAAGAAUGAUGAUCUUUUAAGUUUGAUUAAUUAUGUUAGGAAUUUGUAUUUGAUCCAGCUUAUACACUUUGGGCAUUUGCAUUGUCUUAAAUAAGUUAAAGUUAUUGUUAUUAACGAUUCAAAUGUUUUAGUGUAGUGAACACUGUUUACCUUUUGUGGUCAUAAUGCUGAAAGAUGUGUCGUUGUUUAUUCUUGUAAUUGAUAACUGUUUAUCAUUACUUGACCCCGUUCCCACCCCGCUUAUAGCGGUGUGUCCUUUACAGAAUAAAGAGCACCAACUCUACUCGUCAGGCUGCCAUUGUCAUCUGUAUUGUUCGAGGUCUACCCCCACUCAUUCCGGCUACCCGUCACUAUUUAUCACCCCCUUACAACUGGCGACGAGGAUGGGAUAUCGUCGACGACGCUACGCUAUUAUUCUGAAGACAAACAUGAUCCAAUGUAAGAUUGAAAAAUGUAAAUGUCAUGUUUUUAAAUAAAUAAUUGUAUGUUCCAAUGUAAGACUGAACAAUGUCAAUGUCAUGUUUUUACAUAAAUAACUGCUUUCUAGAUGUAUUUUCUAGAUGUUAUUAGUACUGUACUCGAUCCUAGGUAUCGAUUAGUUUUUGCCUUACUCAUUUGUAAAUGCUUGAGAUAUUAGUUGUUUAGUAACUAUUUUGAUAUAUCUACUACUGAACUCGAUCCUAGGUAUCGAUUAGUUUCUGCCCUAAUCAUUUGUAAAUGCUUGAGAUAUUAGUUGUUUAGUAACUAUUCUGAUAUAUCUACUAAUCUCAUAUUGCUAAAAUGGGUUUGUAUGUAAGAAUCGGGGAUGACGGGAAAUCCUUCAAAUUCCCCCUUGUAGAAGAGGGGGGCCCCCUAUCACUUGAAGCAUUACAGUCAAGAUAUCCCUCUGCCAAAGGUUUGGUUUAUAAAGAUGUUGGAGAAGAAGAGGUGAUACUGCCCGCAGUUGGCGGGUUCAUCCGGCCCCUUGGGCAGUGGAUAGUGACAUUAUAUCACCCUCUCUUCGCAGAAGAGAAAACUGGUGGUGACGAGACGGUUCAAAGCUUGAAAGAGCUUCUAUUGAGGCCCCCGCCUCAACUUAUGUUGGCGCCGGAGAAAAGAUUACCAACUUUCGAUGGGGCAGGGGAUGUGCAAGAGUUUGUGACGGCAAUUGAGGAUGCAUUCAAACAUUACAAUGUUCCUUCGACGCGACAAGCCACCUUUCUUUUAGAGUAUCUUAGAGGAGGGCCGAAGGACGAGGCCAAGGCCAUUAUCAAAGGUGGUGGCAAUGUCGAGGAGAUGGUCGACUUCCUCAAGUCAUCAUACGCAGAAGUGAUACCUGUAGGUGAACUGCAACGCCGAUUUCUUGAACGGAGGCAGGGGACAAGAGAAUCUGUUCGUGAAUAUGCUGUCGACCUAGAAAGGAAGUUCCUGAGCUUGACAUCAAGAAGCCCCUACCUGUAUGCAAAACCUGACGCUUUGAUUGCAGAACAAUUCGUUGAGGGCCUUGAGGACACAUUCUUGCGCAACACCUUAAGAGAUAUGUAUGAGGUGAAAGACGAGAUGACCUUUAGGGAACUGCGAGAGCUCGCAAUAAAACGCGAGCGCAGAGAGGAAGCACGACCAAGAGCAGGAGCUUCUAGUGCAGCACAUCUGUCUUCGAUUAAAGGUCAAUCCACAUCCCUGGACAAUGGAGUCCUUGAAGCAGUAAGGGCCAUGACUAAUGAAGUAAUAGGGGCAGUAAGGGAGAUGAUGCAGUUUAAUCGCCCUCGGGGCAGCUUGCAGGUGAAACCAACCUCUUCGGGGCCUACGCAGAGGGGUCCUUGCUUUAAUUGUGGUGCCUUUGGACACUUCGCAAGAGAGUGCCCCCAACAGAAACGCAGGAGGAGCACCAACUCAAUGUAUCCUGAAAGUGCUCCUCCGUUGAGGAAUGAAGCAAGUCCAUAUCCACCCGGCAAUUAUAGAGAAGAGCGUCCUUUAUACCCAAUAGGACCUUUAAUGUCUGGGCCGUACAUGGUAGAAGGUCAGUAUCCCACUUAUCCAGAACAACAGAUUCCUCUUCAGACCUCUCUCAGAUCUAAUCAAAUGGAAGGACCACUUCCUGGGCCAUCGGAGAGAGGUGCCCCUCCGCAUAUGGGACCACCUAAUCGAAUGGAAGGAUCGCUUCCUGGGCCAGGGAUGAAAGGUGCUCCUCCGCCUACGGGACCACCCCGCAGCCAAGGCCCCAGCUUUGCAUCUGGAGGGGGGCAAGAUAAUAGGCAGUGGAAACAGGAACACGGCAAAGUGGUUGGCAAUGUUUCCAAAGUGAGUGCAACGGCAGUGGACGGUGAGGAAAGAGGAUUCCUAUCCAGGGCGGUUGGAGAGUGCUAUUCAGUGGAAGUGGAAUUCGGUACGGUUCAGGUUCCCUGUCUUCUUGAUCCAGGAUCACAAGUGACAACGGUAGGAGAAUCCUUCUUCAACCAACACCUCAGGCCAGCAGGCUUUACGUUGAGGGAUAUCCCUUCUUCCUUCACAUUGGUCUCUGCUGGUUAUCAGGCCAUCCCAUAUGUAGGAUAUUUUGAUACUGAUGUAUCUGCUCUCGGACAUUGCAUGUCUUCAAGAAUAGUACUUGUGCUUGCCGAAGUAGAGGCCAAGCGAAGGGGCCAGAGCCUAAUGGGAAUACUAGGGAUGAAUGUUCUACAUGAAUGCUGGAACCAAUUGAUAAGGGGCGAGAAAGAUCAUUUCUUGACAAGAAUGCCGUGGCCAACCACGGAUACAGCUUGGCAAAAGGCCCUUCAGGCCGUCGACGAACAGAUGCAGUUGACUCAGAAGGAGGGUGUUAUCGGUAAAGCUUUUGUGAAGCCCGAGUCAUGCUUCGUAAUAUCAGCUCGUCAAGCAGUGGUGCUUGAAGUUCAGAGUCCAACAGGGCCUCGCAAAGAACCAUAUGAACUCCUUCUAGAAGCUGAGCGAAAUGAUACCAUACCAUCUGGUUUGACCAUCCAGUCUUGUAUUGUGCGUGUUGAGGAGGGGAAAUUUCCGGUCAUGGUGUCCAAUGAUAAUGAGGAGGAUAUAGUGAUUCCCAAGAAGCUCCAGAUAGGUACUUUGUAUAAUGCCACUGUAGUAGGAGGAACAGAGCCGGGGACAGAUCCACCCGGAGGAACUGGAGCUGCACCAGUACAUGUUGAUGUUGAUUGGUCUUCACUCGGUAAAAGACAGUCCCAGGCGCUGGAGGACCUCUUAGAGAGACAUCGUGAGGUGUUUUCAGCACAUGACCAGGAUUUUGGUUAUACUGACAAGGUAAUUCAUCGGAUCGAGACCGGGGAUGCCGUCCCAUUCAAAGAGAGACAUAGGCCCCUUCCUCCGACUCAGUACCAGGCGGUACGAGAUCAUAUCCAUGACCUGAUACAUAAGGGAGUUGUUCGGGAGAGUCAGAGUCCAUGGGCCUCGCCCGUAGUGAUAGUCAGAAAGAAAGACUCAAGCAUCAGGUUGUGUGUGGAUUAUCGUCACUUGAAUUGCCUUACACGUCGAGAUUCCUUCCCACUCCCCAGGAUAGAGGAAUCACUCCAAGCUUUAGGGGGAGCCCAGUUCUUCACAGUGCUGGACUUGACCAGUGGCUAUUAUCAGGUAGCUAUGCACUCGGGUGAUAUUGAAAAGACUGCAUUUUCCGUGCCCUUCGGACUCUUUGAGUACACACGACUCCCAUUUGGGUUGACGAAUGCCCCUGCGACCUUUCAGAGACUCAUGCAAAGAUGUCUUGGAGACAUGUGCUAUACAAGUGUACUACUAUACAUAGAUGACAUAAUUGUAUUCUCCCCUGACUUUGAUACUCACCUACAGAAGCUUGAUGAAGUAUUCUCUAGAUUGAAGAGCUACGGGUUGAAACUGAAGCCUUCGAAAUGCCACAUCCUGCAGAAAGAAGUCCAGUAUCUUGGGCAUAGAGUGUCAUCAGCCGGAGUAGCAGUUGACCCAGAGAAGGUUUCCACAGUAAAGGAAUGGCGGGAACCAGAGACUGUCAAAGAGGUUAGAGCGUUCUUAGGGUUCACUGGGUUUUUUAGGAGAUUCAUGGAAGGAUAUGCCACCAUGGCCGGCCCUCUGUUCAAUCUACUCAAGGCUGACCCAGAUAGAAAGGGGAAUGGCAGGAAGAGAGCAGUUCCUGGGUCUAAGAAGGUAGUAUUGGAUGAAGAAGCUAGAACAGCUUUCCGAAAGCUGAUAGAGUGUCUCACAAAUGCACCUAUUCUAGCAUAUGCAGACUUCACAAAAACCUUUCAGGUAGAGACAGAUGCUAGUGCAACAGGACUUGGGGCCAUACUCACUCAAUCUGAUGAGACCGGUAACCAUCAUGUGAUAGCCUACGCCUCCAGGACUCUACGGCCUGCAGAGCGUAGUGGACGGUACAGUGCCUUUAAACUCGAGCUUCUUGCGAUAAAGUGGGCUGUAACAGAGGCCUUCAGAGACUAUCUCCUCAGCCAGCCAUGUAGCAUUGUGACUGACCACCAACCACUUCUGUUUCUGGAUAAGGCUAACUUGGGAAACACUGAACUGAGAUGGGUGCAGAGGCUGAGCUCCUUUGACUAUGAGAUACAAUACCGACCAGGGAAACACAACCAAGCACCGGAUGUGUUAUCUCGCCGAGACAACCCUACUGCUGGUCUUGGCCCUGAUGUCGUGACUAGCAGCACCAUACAGGCCACCUUUGACCUGCAUUCUCCCGGAGCUGAGAUCCCCAUUGCCCUAAGCAGUCAGAUUGGUGUGUGUCGCCUGGGUGGAACAAGUUGCCUACCUGGAUAUACCAAUGAGAUGUUGAAGAGGUACCAAGAAAGCGACAGUGACGUGAGACAAGUUAGGGAGUUAGUAGAUAGAGGCACAAGACCAACACGUGAAGAAAGAGGUCGCUGUUCAACCUUAGCAUUACUCAUCCUCCGGAGCUGGAAGAGGCUUAGCAUGAAGGAUGGAGUUCUUGUUCGGGAAGUCCAAUCCACGAUAGAUGGACAAAAACACUUGCAGGUAGUCAUCCCCACAGAUCUGCAAGAGGAGGUCCUUAUCAGGUUUCAUGACGAGGCAGGACACUUUGGAGCCAGACGUGUGUAUAAACUGCUGGUAGACAGGUAUUUCUGGCAUGGUAUGGAGGUGUCAGUCAAGAACUGGUGUCAGAAGUGUCGGCGCUGCGCCACAAGUAAACCACCUAUCCACCAGCCUCGUCCUCCGUUCUCAUCGAUCGAGGCCACUGCUCCAAUGGAAAUAGUUGCCAUGGAUUUCACCGUUCUAGAAGCGUCGGAUGAUGGAUACGAGAACUUGCUCAUCUUUACUGAUGUUUUCACUAAGUAUGCCUGGGCUGUCACAACUCAUGACCAACGUGCCUCAACAGUGGCCAAGGCUUUGGUAAAACAUGUAAUUACUCCUUAUGGGUGUCCGCUGAGAAUCCAUUCCGAUCAAGGCCAGUGUUUUGAGGCCAAGCUCAUUGCAGAACUUUGUCAGAUGUAUGGUAUUCGACGUAGCCACACCACUCCUUAUCACCCUGCUGGAAAUGGGCAGUGUGAACGCAUGAAUAGGACCCUGCAUAACAUGCUAGCCUCCCUGCCACCCAAAAAGAAGUGUAAGUGGACUUACUACCUCCCUUCCCUGGUGUUUGCUUACAAUAACACCAUUCAUUCUAGUACAGGUGUCGAGCCAUUCUUUCUCAUGUUCGGCAGGAAUGCGAGAUUUCCACAAAGCUUCGUUCAAAGUGGGGAAGGAGCUCAGAGAGGCAAGAAGGGAGUCAAGUCAUAUAUUUCAGAGCACCAGUCACAGUUGCGAAUGGCUAGAGACAUUGCAACGAAGAACGCUAAGGCUGCGGUGGAGGCACGUAAAGCACUCCAGGCCCGGAAGGUUUUUGAGAAGCCUCUUGGAGUAGGCCAGUAUGUUCUUGUCCGACGACAUGGAUUCAGGGGCCGAUCAAAGAUAGCCGAUUACUGGGAGGAAGAACCUUUUAUGGUGGUAAAGCGGCCCUUUCCAGAUCGCCCAGUCUACGUAGUAAGGAGCCAUUUGGGCAAGGAGAAGGUCUUACACAGGACACAGUUGAAACACUGCCCCUGGCUACCAGGGGGAGAUGUAGACAAACAGUUAACAGAAGAUGAAACUGAAUCAGAAAGCCGAACACCUGUUGGUUAUGUCCUACGCUACCGCCAACGUCCAGUUCAAACUGAAUCUUCCAGGAGCCUUUCGGGAGGCACUAGUAGCUCUGGGGAUUCCUCCUCUGGACCCCCGGGUAAUGAAGAUGAAGGCUCUUGUGAGUCUGAAGUCGGCGUCUCUCAUGUCGCUAGUCCUUGUCCCAGUGACAAUGGGAGUGAAUUGGAAAAUGUACCAGUGGUGGCACCGACCGCCAAUCCUUUGUCUCCAAAGGAACAACGGCUGGAGCAAAGGAGGUACCCUAGAAGAGCUACGCGUGGUGUACCACCCCAGAGGUAUACAAACUACACUUAGAGGAGAUUAAUUUGACCAGGCAUCGAUCGUAUUGAAUUUUUCAACCUAAAUGACGAGGAAAAGGAAUGUUGUUUAUUCAUUUUUAUUCAAGAUAACAUAAUAAUAAAGAUGUGACAUAAAACCCAGGACAGAGAUUUGUAUUACAUUAGAUGCAUCUCAUGCAUUACAAUAUACAAUAACAAAACGGAAAAGAGAACAUCAUAAUGUCAGUGUUUUCAAUGAAAACAUUAAUAAUUCCUAACAAA